CAUUUUUGUGACUUUCUCCUUCUAGUGCUAUUUUUGAGACAUAAACUUCAAAAGAUGCUAUUAUUGACAAUUGCCCUUUAUCUAUCCUGAAAUCCUAAUAAAACUUUUGAAACAAUAUUUAUAAAAUUUUUGAUCUAUGGGGCAAACGAAGACACACUUAACAAUAACAACACAAAACACACAAGAGUUGGAAUGUAUGCAGAUACAUACAUCACCGACGUCGCUGAAACAUAAACAACAAUACUAUUGGGGUAUAACUUGAGCUAAAUGAUAACACUAUUUAUCUUUAAAUUAUUACCAUAUGGCAAAUUAACAAUUGCUUGUUCAUGAAUUACGCCAUAACAGAUUCCCAGAAGACUAAAAUCAGAUAGGUCUGUCUUAAUUUUCUUAAUCAUAGCUGAGAAAAAAAAGGAAGGAAGUAUAUACAUGGGUAUUAGUAUUACUGUGAGGUUGAAAAAAUGGUUUUGAGCCGUCUGAUAAAGAUGGAUUGGGCGUGUGGACUUAUACAGCUCAUAGUUUUUUUGGGCUUUGGCCUUACUACAACAGUUCUCUUUACUCACUACAAUUAAACGGUAGAUCAAAUGUAGGGAUUAUGAUUAAAUAUGUUACAAUAAUUUAGAUAUUUUAAUUUAUUUAUUGUUCUGAUAGUUUUUUUAUUUGUUACUUCGAAUAUUUUUUUUUAGUUGGUCUCUAUAUAGUUUAAUUAAUUUUAAUUAGAUUUUUAAAUAAUUUAUAUAUUUCAAGUAUUUUUGGUUAGUUUGUAAAAGAUUUUUGAACGAUUUUAAGUAUUGUUAUAAUCCGAUAUAAAUUAAACCCGGAAAAAAUCAAACUAAAUAUUAUGAUGUUAUCCGAAAACUAGUAAAACUUGAAUGAGAUUUAUGAAGAUAGUAUUGAAAAACCAAAAAAUUCAAGUCAACAGAAGCGAAACUAAAGGCACAUCGAACGCCUAGGGGCGUAAAUCUCACAACUCAUAUAUUUUGACAACAUGAUGACUUCCAUGUACUUGGAUAAGACUUUUUAAUACUUAGUGUACUUGGAUAAGACUUCCCAAAAAAUAGAAAUACAUAAUCAAUUCAAGGUCAGAACUGUGAUUAAGCCAUCCAAGCAUAGAGAAGACUUACUUGGUUCCACGUUCUUGAAGCAAGAAAACUUCACAUAUCAGCAGAAACGAAAAUGAUUUGUGCAUGACAAUUGCUGUUCUUUCGCUAUCAGCCGUCUUUACAUUCUUCUUCCGGCCAAAAGCUUCACCUCCUCCUCUAAUAUAUCUCCCUUCUUCCUCUCAAACACACAUCUUUGUAUUUGUUUCAAGAACUUACUCCAACCAUCGAAAUGACCUGUCAUUUCGUAUACUCUCUCUUACUAUUACUCCUCGCUGCCAGCUUCGCCCUUCCUAUCUCCGGCGACGGUGACGCUGAUGCUCUUUUGAAGUUCAAGUCAUCUCUCGUGAACGCCACUGUCCUCGAAGCCGAAGGAUGGGACUCUGGUGUCCCUCCUUGCACCGGGGAUAGAGGAAGCCACUCGACAUGGAAAGGAGUGAUGUGCGACAACGGCGUCGUUUACGCUCUCCGCUUAGAGAACAUGAGCCUCACGGGGACGCUUGACUUGCAACCUCUCGUUUCAAUGCCCAGUCUCGAGAGCGUGAGCUUCAUGUAUAACAGCUUCGAAGGGCCGAUGCCACGUGGAGUCGACGGGAUUGUAACUCUUGUGUAUCUUUACUUGGCGCAUAACAAGUUUUCGGGUGAGAUCGACGGUGAUUUGUUUGACGGCAUGAAUGAUCUUGUGAAGGUUCAUCUCGAAGGAAACAUGUUUUCCGGUGAGGUUCCGGAGUCGUUGGGGAGACUGCCGAAGCUGACGGAGCUGAAUCUUGAGGAUAAUAUGUUCACCGGGACAAUACCGCCGUUUAAACAUAAGAGUAUCGUUAGUGUUAACGUUACUAACAAUCAGUUAGAGGGUCGUAUUCCGGUUGCUCUCAGCCUCAUGAACACCACUUUCUUCCAAGGCAACAAGGGGCUGUGUGGACCGCCUUUGCUUCCCUGCAAAAACACUCCCCCCUUGCUUCCGGUGUUUCUCCUUGCCAUCACCAUCCUCGCCGUCGUAGUACUCGUUGUCUUCUUCUGCUCCAUUUUCAUCUUCGGCCGCCGUAAAAAUAAAGCAAGCGAAGUACAUGAACACGGCUACAGCAGCAGCCUCGGUACACUCUCCAUACCAUCGGAGCAACAAUUCAGCGAGAAGAGCUCGAUGGACUCUAAAGUCUACAGGAAACUAGCCAACGAAGUUUCGCAACGAGACUCAGUAGCAACAUCAUCAAUAUUAGAGCUGCCUCGAGAGGAAGCCGACAAGCGAGUAGAUCAAAAGAAGCUCCAUUUCGUCCGGAAUGAUCGUGAGAAAUUCACGCUCCAGGAAAUGCUCUGUGCAUCUGCGGAGGUUCUCGGAAGCGGGGGGUUUGGGUCAUCCUACAAGGCGGCUUUACCUAGCGGACGUGCGGUGGUUAUAAAGCGGUUUAGGUUUAUGAGUAAUAUUGGAAGGGAAGAGUUGUAUGAUUAUAUGAAGAGGAUCGGACGGUUAUCUCACCCUAAUCUCCUUCCGUUGAUUGCCUUCCACUACAGAAAAGAUGAGAAGCUUUUCGUCACUGAUUAUAUUCCCCUUGGGAGCCUCGCCAAUCUCCUCCAUGCAAACCGGACACCCGGCCCGGUGGUUUUGGAUUGGCCGAUCCGGUUAAAGAUUGCAAGAGGAGUCACUAGAGCUUUGGACUAUCUCUACAAAAUAUUCCCUGAUCUGAAUCUCCCUCACGGCCAUCUCAAAUCAUCCAACGUUUUGCUCGACCACGACUUCGAGCCGCUACUAACGGACUACGCUCUCGUCCCUGUGGUUAACAAAGAUCAGUCUCACUUCAUGGUGGCUUACAAGUCACCAGAGUUCACUCUGGAAAACCGGACAUCAAGAAAGUCCGAUGUGUGGAGCUUGGGAAUCUUGAUCCUCGAGUUACUCACUGGGAAGUUUCCGGCGAACUAUCUCCGGCAUGGGAAGGGAUCUGACGACGAGCUAGCUGCUUGGGUUGAGUCAGUAGCGAGAACCGAGUGGACACAUGAUGUGUUUGAUAAGGAGAUGCAAGCAGGGAGAGAACAGGAAGGGCAGAUGCUGAAGCUGCUCAAGAUUGGGUUGAGGUGCUGUGACUGGGACGUAGAGAGGAGAAUGGAGCUUCACGAGGCUGCUGAUCGGAUAGAGGAAGUUGAUCACGGAGACGUUGGUGAAAGUUUUCAAGAGAGUUUUCGAUCUUCAUACGUGACUGCUGAUUAUGAGUAUCGUUUUUCAAGAACCACGACUGGGGAGUUCUCGCUCGUGUCCCUCUAAAUCUCUCAUUGAUGUUUGUUGAUUAAGUUUCUUGUCUCUGUUUGUAGGUAAAGACGUACCACUUUUAUUGGCAUUCGAUUAUGGCCAUCCAAGACUUACUUGGUUGCCUCCACGUUGAUGGAGAUCGUUGACUUUCAUGUAAUCUUCAAAAGAAUUACUCUUACAAAAAAAUGUCAAAUACUGAAUAAGACUCAUUUAAAAAUCUUAUAAAACGAAACAUUGAAACACGUAAUCAAGAUUGUAAUUAAGCCAUAUCCAAACUUAGACUUACUUGGCUCCACGUUCUUGAAGCUUUUUCCAACAGAAAACUCACACAUUAGCAAGCGAGAACGAUUUGUUGCGGUGACAUUUGCUGUCAUCUCGCCAUCAGCC